AUGUCAAUUACAAUCGGCAUCAACGGCUUCGGCCCUGUGGGGAAAUCCGCCUUAUUCGCGGCCCUCGCUGAUCCAUCCUUCACCGUCACGGCAGUCGUUGACGCCUCUGUGUGCGCGGCCUACAUCGCAUAUGUGAUUGAGCAGGAGUAUCCGCGUCGAAACCCGGCGGGGACACCAAUUCGAGUGACGGACACGAGGAAGGACCAGAUUGUACUCAACGACACCCAGGUCAUUUAUGUGUCGGCAGCCCAGGAUCCUCAGUUAUCCCUGUGGAAGCAGUACGGCGCACGUUACGUGCUAGAGUGCACGGGCCUCUACACCACACGUAGCCGCAGCUGGGGUCACGUGACAGGUGGUGCGGCGGGCGUCUUCAUCGCAGCAGCCAGUGCUGAUAUCAACACAGUCAUGGCAUCAAGUGCCUUGGAGAGACUCUCGGCGUCUUUGCCUGUGUGCGCCGCAGGAACGCCGAUCGGGGCCGCUGUAGCUCCAGUGCUGGACGCGCUGGCGAAGGUGAUGGAGGUUGAGCGUGUGAAUUACACGGCCCUCUAUGGUACUCAACCACAGCACCCCAUCGGUGCCAAGUCGGAAGACUCGCGCGACUGGCGGCAAGCACGACUGCAGUCAUAUGCUAACUGUGCGAUGGCUUCCAGUCGCGACAACGGCGCAGAAACUGUGUGUGCGCUCCUGCCUCACCUGGCCGGUCACGUGAGUGCUGGCGCUUUCCAGGUUCCUGUGCUGCAAGGGUGUGCGAUCGACCUAGUUGUCUACACGAAAGAGGCCAUGUCAGCAGAUGUGGUGGCGAGCGCCUUUGCGCACUCCAUGGUAGACUCGGAGUCGACUGCGAGCGUGUGCAUCGCCAACAGGCCCAUGAUCAGUGUUGACUGCAUUGGCAACUCACGUGUCAUGCUCGACGUUGCUUCGUCAAGCAGCAGCACCGAUGGCAAGGUGCAUCGCAUGGUAUUGUGGGUGGAUGUAGAGUGCUACUACGCUGCUGUGCUGUUGUCGCUGGUGAAGCAGGUACACGCCAUUCACACACCACCGGGGCCGUAA